GCCCGCGGGAGCGGGAAGAUGGCGGCGGGCAGCGGCGGCGGCACCGGGCCGGGAGCGGGGCCCGGCGGAGGCCCUGGGGCCCGCAGGGGCAGCGCGGGCCGGGACGCGGAGGCCGAGGUUUGGUGCCGGCGGGUGCGGGAGCUGGUGAGCGCGGUUCCCGCCAACCGGCUCUGCUUCGAAUGCGGCCAGCGCGGCGUCACCUACGUGGACAUCAGCGUGGGCAGCCUCGUGUGCACCGGCUGCUCGGGGGCGCUGCGGGGACUGAACCCCCCCCACCGCGUCAAGUCCAUCUCCAUGACGACGUUCAGCGAGGCCGAGGUGCUGUUCCUGCAGGCGCACGGCAAUGAGGUAAGGCGGCGGCCGUGGGGGUCCUGCCCUCUCCGUCCCACCCUGCCCCCAUCCCCACG